CGGCCACAGGCCGCGUCCAGCGCCGCGGGAUGUAGCGGGGGGGGGGGGAGGAGACCGCGGCCCCCCAGCACCAGCCUCCCCAGCCGGACGUGUCUACCAUCAUAGAAGGAAUUUCUGCCCCUUGGGGCUGAGAGACACUAGCCUGUCCCCAAGCUGAAACUGCAAGGUGCCAGCCAGAUGUCUUCUCACAAAGGAUCUGUGGUGGCAGCACAGGGCAAUGGGGCUCCUGCCAGUAACAGGAAAACGGACACCAUGGAGCUGGCUGAGCUGGGACCCCUGCUGGAAGAGAAAGGCAAGCGGACCGUCACCAGCCCCGUCAAAGCUGAAGAAGAGCAGGCAUGCCCCGUGCCCCAGGAAGAGGAAGAGGAAGUGCGGGUACUGACGCUUCCCCUGCAAGCCCACCAUGCCAUGGAGAAGAUGGAGGAGUUUGUGUAUAAGGUCUGGGAGGGACGCUGGAGGGUCAUCCCAUAUGACGUACUCCCUGACUGGCUGAAGGACAAUGACUACCUGCUCCAUGGCCACAGGCCCCCCAUGCCCUCCUUCCGGGCUUGCUUCAAGAGCAUCUUCCGCAUCCACACAGAAACUGGCAACAUCUGGACCCAUCUGCUUGGUUUCGUGCUGUUUCUCUUCUUGGGAAUCUUGACCAUGCUCAGACCAAAUAUGUAUUUCAUGGCUCCCCUGCAAGAGAAGGUGGUUUUUGGGAUGUUCUUUUUGGGUGCAGUGCUCUGCCUCAGCUUCUCCUGGCUCUUUCACACCGUUUAUUGUCAUUCAGAGAAAGUUUCUCGGACAUUUUCCAAGCUGGAUUAUUCAGGGAUUGCCCUACUGAUUAUGGGGAGUUUUGUCCCUUGGCUCUAUUAUUCCUUCUACUGCUCCCCACAGCCACGGCUCAUCUACCUCUCCAUCGUCUGUGUCCUGGGCAUUUCUGCCAUCAUCGUGGCACAGUGGGACCGAUUUGCCACUCCUAAGCACCGGCAAACAAGAGCAGGAGUAUUCCUGGGACUUGGUUUGAGCGGUGUUGUGCCCACCAUGCAUUUUACCAUCGCAGAGGGCUUUGUCAAAGCCACAACCGUGGGCCAGAUGGGUUGGUUCUUCCUCAUGGCUGUGAUGUACAUCACUGGAGCUGGCCUUUAUGCUACCCGAAUACCUGAGCGCUUCUUUCCUGGGAAAUUUGACAUAUGGUUCCAGUCUCAUCAGAUUUUCCAUGUGCUGGUGAUGGCAGCAGCCUUUGUCCACUUCUAUGGGGUCUCCAACCUUCAGGAAUUCCGUUACGGCUUGGAAGGUGGCUGCACCGAUGACUCUCUCCUCUGAGCCUUCCUACCCGAGGGGUGGAGCAGGAAUUUCCCAAGUGCUUUUAAAAAUAACUUCUUUGCUGAAGUGAGAGGAAGAGU